UUUGUUCUUCUCUCUACAAUCUGCAUUUUCAGACUACGACCCAUUUCUCUGUGAAUUCGCCAUCGAUUGAUCAUUCAAUUCCUUCCAUCUAUAAUCAAUCUAUCUCUGUGUUUCGUUCUUGAUUGGCUCAAUUGAACUUACCGCUGUUACAGAACCUGUUUCCUAGGGUUUUCAAAUGGAUUGGAGCAGCGUUACGGCUGGAGAUCUGGUUGAAGCUCUCCGGGAAGUUGACUGGUCUUCACCUCCUCGUCCUGUUUCAGAAUUCUUCUCCAGAUUCACUUUUCCUCGUUCAUACUCCAAAUGGAACAGUCGUCUCAAGUGCAAUCUCUACUACUACAGGACCAAUUACUUCAUUAUGAUCGUGUGCAUCUUGGGCCUAGGAUUUCUGAGGAGGCCACUUGCUAUCAUUGCUGCUGCUCUCAUGGCACUGAGCAUAGCAAUCUUGAAUGAUAGUUUUGCAGGUACCUUUAAUGAGAAAGUGACUAGAACUGUGAGACAGUUGUCUCCACAUUUAGCUGCAAAGAUGAGGCCUCCUCUUACACCUGUUAUCCGUGGGCGUUCAUCUGCUAAAAGAGCAAUAUACAUUUGUGGACGGCCUCGUUUGUUUUUUGUGCUUGUUUUCUCUACUUUGAGCUUCAUCCUUUGGUUUGUCUCCAGUGGACUGUUGACUGUUCUGUGGGCUCUUGUUAUUGGUUUACUUGCAAGCCUUGUUCAUGCAAGCUUUAGGACACCUAAUCUGAAGGCACGUCUGAACACAUUUCGGGAGGAGUUUCGAGCAGUUUGGCGCAACUACAGCGAGCUGUAGAUUCAAUGGUGAUUUUCUGGCAUGGAUGUCGCCCGCCAAAUCCUAACAAUGCUUCUGCAACAGGAAUGGAGGCAGUGUGGAGGAGUCGAAGAAACUUGUGGUUGAUGAAAUGUUCUGUUUACAAAUUUAUUUUUUACUUUUAAUUGCAAAACUUGAAAGAAAAUGUAUCUGACUUUGUUGGUAUAGGUUAUUACUUAUUACAUGUGGUGUUUAUUUUUGUAAUCAACAAAUGCUAAAAAGAGAAAAAGAAGAAGCUGAAUUGAAUUUAAA